AUGAGCAACAUAAAUCUAGAUUAGAUUUAAGAAUAUAUAUUUGACGUAGAAAAGAUUUCGAAUAAGAUAUUUAUUGUGCCUCUUAAAAACUUCAUUUAUGAUGUUUGCAAAUAUUCUUAAGUUGAAAAGAAUGUCUAAAUAAUGUUAAAUGGUUGCGUUAACAGACUCUCAGAAAGUCAUUUAGAAUCUAUAGGAGAAGCUAUAGCUGAGUUAUAAAAAGUCUACUUAUUGAAGAUUUCUUUUGGAUCUAUUGAAGUAUUUGAUAUGUUUUUAGAGGGGUAGUAUAAGUAAGGUCAAGUAAAAUUAAAAGAAUUGCAGAUUAAUACUAAAAUAAGCGAUAGAUCUUUCUUUUUAUUUUGCAAACAUUUAAAGACUUUCUUUUAAAGAAACAAAACUACCUUAAGAUCUUUUUGUCUUGAUAUUCCAAAUCUUUGUAAUGUUACAUGUCAAAGUGUUGUUGACUUAGCUAGUUGCCUAUCUCAGCUUUCAACAUGUCCAAAUCUAGAAGAACUAUAGCUUGGUUUAUCUCACUGGAACGUUUAACAAUAGUUUGAUUAAAGCUUUAUAAGUAUCUGUAAAAGCUUAUCAACAAUUAUUAAUUCAACUAGAAUAAAAAAACUUACUUUAAACUUUGCAGGAUGGAAUAUUAGUGAUCUUUCUAUAUAAGCAUUAUCUCAUGCUCUUUCUGCUUUUAAAGAUAUAUAAACCCUUAAAGAGCUUAGCUUAAAUUUUACUCUAGUUUUUAGAUGCUAAUAGCAAGCAGUUGACUCCCUUACCGAAGCAUUCAAUAACAUAUUUCCCUAUAACAAGCUCAAUAAAUUCUAUCUGUGUUUGAACAGUUGGGAGUUUCAAAAACUUGAGGGUCUUUCUAGGGCUUUUCUAAAUUUAAGAGAUCUUAAUAAAUUGAGUCUACAUUUGAACUCUAAGACUUACUCAAUAAAUUAAUCAGAAGAUAGCAAAAUAUUUAUGAAAAAUAUUCUUCAACUGGUUUCAUAGAAUUUAUAUUUUAAACUAAAUUUGAACUUUCCAAAAUGUGACUAAAUUAAUCAAUAAGUAUUGAAAGAAAUAGAAAAAAUUAUUAAGUAUAGAAAUUCUUAAAUAGAAAUUUCACUCAAUUAAUUUCAUGCUUUAAAAUCUAAUACUUAUGAUUGCUACAGAAAAGAGAUAAUGUGGGAUACAAUAAAAUUGCUCAAUAAAAAUUCAGAUUUAUAUUAAUAAGAUCUAAAUAAUAUUCAUUUCCAUUUUAAUUGA